AAAUUUAAAAUGCAAUAGCCAGUCCGUAUAUUUAUGUGGGUCUCAGUAUCAAGACAUAGGUGUAGAACUGUUUAGCAGAAGCACGAAUCCUCUUCAUGGAUCCAAUGUUUUACAGUUUAAAAUUUUGAGUCUUCUUUCAAUGUUGUCUGAAACUGUAAAUAGUGAAACAGAUAAAACACUGUUCUUUUCGGAUUCCUUUUGUGCUUCCUUAUAUACCACAUACCAUUCCGUUGAUAUGGAUGACGAAUUUUACCUUACAUGGAACGGAACAUUACUUCCUCUGUCUAAAGGGUGCAAGAUAACUUUUCAUCCAAAGGAUUCAGUAAGCGUUUGUGUCGAAGUGGAAGUUUUUCAUCUGGAUGACUGUAGCGUUGAAGUCAAUUUUUAUGGAAAGAUAGAGAAGAAGUAUAAAUGCAGUAGAAAGCCUGAGAGAUUUUGUGGAUCUCAAAAUGAGGACAUAAAUAUAGAGCUGCUCAGUAGAAGCACAAAUCCUCUUUUUGGAUCCAAUUCUUUCCGGUUUAAGAUCCAUGCACAGGAAGUACCAGUUUCUAUUCCAGAUUAUGUGUGGAUUAAUGUCGGUCUUAUAUCCCUCGUAGUCGUCGCUGUGGGGAUAAUCCUGGCUUGUGUUGGCCUGUGUCGCCGAGCUCGAAAAGGAAGCAUAGUUUUAUGGAGGUCUGAAAUCCCUCAUACUAGAAUGGUUGAUUCAGAAGAAUCAGAUCAACCACAGAUAAAUUUUGAACCAGUACCUGCAGUAUCGACAACAGAAUUCACGAUUUCGGAUACUCCCCCAGUGUAUACAGAGUAGAGAACGUGAAAUGGUCCAAUUGAAGACAAUUAAAUAAAACAUAUGAUAUAAGGGGCCUA